UCCCCAAGGUAUGAAGAGGAGAUCAACCACCGCACCGAGAAGGAAAAUGAGUUUGUGCUGCUCAAGAAGGACGUGGACGAGGCGUACAUGAGCAAGGUGGAGCUGGAGGCGCGGCUGGAGAGCCUGACCGACGAGAUCAACUUCCUGCGGCAGCUCUACGGGGAGGAGCUGCGGGAGCUGCAGCGGGCGGCGCCGGGCGCGGCUGUGGUGCUCUCCAUGGACAACAACCGCAGCCCCGACCUGGCGGCGGUGCUGGACGAGGCGCGGGCGCAUUACGAGGACAUCGCCGCACGCGGCCGCGCCGACGCCGAGGCCCGGUGCAAGGGCAAGUACGAGGAGCUGCGGACGGCGGCCGGGCAGCGCGGGGCCGACCUGCUCAGCACCCGCGGCCGCAUCCAGGAGCUGAACCGGCUCAUCCAGCGCUGCCAGGCCGAGCUCGAGGCGCUGCGGGGACAGCGAUCCAGCCUGGACUCGGCCAUCGCCGAGGCUGAGGAACGCGGGGAGCUGGCCCUCAAGGAUGCCAGGGCCAAGCUGGAGGAGCUGGAGGCAGCCCUGCAGAAGGCCAAGCAGGACAUGGCCCGGCAGCUCCGUGAGUACCAGGAGCUCAUGAACGUCAAACUGGCCCUGGACAUCGAGAUCGCGACCUACAGGAAGCUGCUGGAGGGAGAGGAGAGCAGGUUGGAGGUGGGGGUGCAGAACCUCAGCAUCCACACCAAGCCCUCGGGAUACCCAGGCAGCCUCGGGGGGGGCUUUGGGGUCUCCUCAGGGGGGGGCCCGUGCUUGUCCCUGCCUCUGCCCCCCCCCUCGCCCGCGGAGCCGGCGCCCCCCCCCCGCGCCCGCGCCAUCGUCAUCAAGAAGAUCGAGACCCGCGACGGGAAACUGGUGUCCGAGAGCGCGGACGUGCUCAGUGCAUGAGGACCCCCCAUGGACCCCCCCAUAGACCCCUAUGGACCCCCCAUGGACCCCCCA